AUGGGCAAAACCGAGAUCCGAACCGUCUGCAAAGUCGACUUUGACAAGCCCGCCUCCGAACAGCCUCAACUUCAUAACAGAUGGCACCCAGACAUCCCGUUCGCCGGCUCCAUCAAGGACGGCGAAACCGUGAAGAUCGAGUGCGUCGACUGGACAGGCGGACAAAUCGGCAACAAUGAUUCGGCAGACGACAUGAAGAACGUCGAUCUGACCAAGAUCCACUACUUGUCUGGCCCCUUUGAGGUCGAGGGCGCCCAGCCGGGCGACUUGUUGCUGGUAGAGAUCAUGGAUGUGCAGCCGUUCCAAGACCGGCCAUGGGGCUUUACGGGUAUCUUUGAUAAGACGAAUGGGGGCGGCUUCCUAGACGAAAUCUACCCCUCAGCGGCCAAAGCCAUCUGGGACUUUGAGGGCAUCUACGCCACCUCGCGCCACAUCCCCGGCGUCAAGUUCGCCGGCUUGAUCCACCCGGGCAUCAUCGGUUGCGCUCCCUCGGCCGAGGUGUUGGCCACGUGGAACAAGCGUGAGGGCGAGCUGGUGGCUGCCAACAAGCUCGCCGAUCGCGACGUGGCUCAUCUGCCGCAGCCCAUCAACACGCACGCCGGCGCGGCUAACAAGGAAAUUGCUGAAAAAGUGGCCAAGGAGGGUGCGAGAACGGUCCCCGGAAGGCCGGAGCAUGGAGGGAACUGCGACAUCAAGAACUUGAGCAGGGGAUCCAAGGUGUACCUCCCCGUCCAUGUGCCCGGGGCCAAGUUCAGUGUGGGUGAUUUGCACUUCUCGCAGGGCGAUGGCGAGAUUUCGUUUUGUGGCGCUAUUGAGAUGGCCGGCGUGAUCACUAUUAACUUCAAGGUGAUCAGGAACGGGGUGGAGGGUAUGGGGCUCAAGAGCCCCAUUUACAUCCCGGGUCCGGUCGAGCCUAGCUUUGGACCAGGCAGGUAUAUCUACUUUGAGGGGUUCUCGGUUGAUGAGCAUGGGAAGCAGCAUUACAUGGACGUAACAGUCGCCUACCGCCAAACCGUCCUGCGCUGCAUCGAGUACCUCCGCCGCUUUGGCUACUCCGAUUACCAGAUCUACCUGCUGCUCUCGUGCGCGCCCAUCCAGGGCCACGUGGCCGGCAUCGUGGAUGUGCCCAAUGCCUGCACAACGCUCGGUCUGCCAAUGGAUAUCUUUGACUUUGACAUCUCCCCCGCCGCGGCGCUCAAGGCCGGAGAGACCAAGAGAGAUCUAGGUAGAUGUGCGUUCGAGACGGGCGUUACUGAAGGGAAGGUCACGAACGGAGGAAAGAACAGUCAAAUUAGCUUUGGUGGUGGGUUGACUUAUAAGGAGUAG